GUGAUCAGUCAAGCAGCGCAACUUCCGUAGUCAGACUGAGCCCUACCUCGGUAGCAUGAACAGCCCGUGUGUUUGGGGACAAAGACAGCCGCACGACUGUUGGGUACAAGGGCAGAGUCCGAGCUUGUGAUUUAUUAAUAGUGGAUUAAAACAGCUUGUGUCUGUUUUUGGCCUCUGCUCAACGCUGUCAACACGGCUUUGUUGGUGGGUAGGCGCUAGCUUAGCUUGCUAGCCCUGUGUUUGUGAGUGGGCUUAAAGGGGCUUCAGUUCGGUUUCGGGUUUGGCACGGAGCUGUCGCUAAGCUGGAGAGGUGACCAAUAAUGAAUCGUUUCCGAAAGUGGCUUUACAAGCCAAAGAGGUCAGAUCCACAGUUGCUGGCCCAGUUCUACUAUGCAGAUGAAGAGCUGAACCAGGUGGCCACAGAGUUGGACAGUCUGGAUGGCAGGAAGGACCCUCAGCGGUGUACUCUUCUGGUUAACCAGUUCCGCUCCUGCCAGGACAAUGUGUUGAACAUCAUAAAUCAGAUUAUGGAUGAGUGCAUACCUGAAGACCGGGCCAACAGAGACUUCUGUGUGAAGUUCCCAGAAGAAAUCCGCCAUGACAACCUUGCCGGGCAGCUGUGGUUUGGAGCAGAGUGUCUGGCAGCAGGAUCAAUCAUCAUGAAUCGUGAAAUCGAGAGCAUGGCCAUGCGGCCACUAGCCAAAGAUCUCACCCGCAGUCUGGAGGAGGUACGUAACAUCACCAGAGAUCAAGCACUGCGCGAUCUCAACAACUACACCGACCGCAUGAAGGAAGCUCUCCGACAGUUCGACAGCCUUUUCGCUGAGUUUGAGCUCAGCUAUGUGUCAGCCAUGGUGCCUGUGAAGUCUCCUAAAGAGUAUUACAUCCAGCAGGAGGUGAUUGUACUCUUCUGUGAGACAGUUGAGAGGGCCCUGAAGCUUGAGUACCUCACACAGGACAUGAUUGACGACUAUGAGCCAGCUCUCAUGUUUACAAUCCCUAGACUUGCCAUUGUCUGUGGCCUUGUUAUCUACUCUGAAGGGCCUCUUAACCUCGACCGCAAACCAGAGGACAUGUCCGAACUCUUCCGUCCAUUUCGCACUUUGCUGAGAAAAAUAAGGGACCUGCUGCAGACCCUAACAGAAGAAGAGCUCAUGACGCUGGAGCGCAGCCUCUGUAUAUCCCAGGAUGGCGAGUUUUCCGCAGGGCCCAGCGUGUCAUCAUCCAAGGACCCAAUCAUUUCCACUGGCCCUGAGUGUCAGCUGGAGAUACUAGAGAAAGAUGAAGAUGAGCUGGAGGCAGUGGACCUUACACUCUCUGUGACCCAGGAAGAUGAUGUCAUAUGGAAAACUGAUGAAGUCUGUAAAGCCCAGCAGGAGGAACCAUGCGAGAGUGAAGAAGAGGAGGUGGAGGAGGAGGUGGCUACAGAUGCAGACUUGGCUUGCUCCAUGCAGUAUGAUGAGGAAGAGAUCGAGCAGCUCAAUAUGAUGGUGCAUCAAGUUGGGGACGAAAUGUCCACAUUGCUUUCACCUCCUAGUCAGAAUCAGUCUCCAGCCCACUGCCCUCGACAAUACAAAGGAAACGGUCUAGAAGGUUCAAGUGCGACCUCUAGCACUCAGGCAUCUCCUCGGAGAGUCCCCGGCUCUUACCAUGAUGAAGAUAGAGUUUUCUUUAUGGACGACCUUGAGGUGGGGGGAGUUGUAAGAGAUGGUGAGAUUUGCCGAAGGCAGCUUCCCCUUCCUGACGUAUACCUCAGAUCCCCUGAAAAUACCACAUCCGCCCACUUGACUGACUCUUCCUGUAACGGUUGGUUGACAGUCUGUCAGCCAAGUGACAGCACCAGUUUGGGUUGCCAGCACAAACUGAGCCAAUCUGUUGAAUCUUUGGGCCCUCUGGUGAAUGGUUGGGAAGGCUCGCAUGAAGAGGUAAGCGUGGAGGCUGCUGAAGAGAUCGCUAAUCGCACUGGUGGAAUGAAGCUGUCAGCCACUGUAAUAUUUAACCCUCAUUCUCCAAGCUUAUCUGACCUGGCUGUCGUCUUACCUCAGUCAACAGAUGUUUCGGAGCAUGACGAUGGCGGGGCUUUAGUUGCCACUCAGUGCCUGCUUAACUCCUGCGUGUGCUGUGCUGGCGGAUGCGUCGACAACCACGAGGACGCUGUUGCCAUGGAGACAGCUGGGCGGGGAAUGAUGCUGGGAUUUGAUAAACACAAGCUUACCAUCACAAGCUCUGUUAUCCAAUCGGCAGUAGCUGCUGGCAGCCAAGGAAAAGGAAAUGGACAUUUACCGCUCACCUUGCCCCCGGCCCAGGGCCACCUCACCCCUCCUGGGGGCAGUCAGGACUGUUCCCAAUAUCCCUGCUGCGAGAAAUGUCUGGCAAGCACACUUCUGACUCAGGAUAGAGGAGGAGAGGGGGGUCCUAGUUGUCCCCAUCAGGACACCGGAUGCUGGGUUCAACAUAACACUACAGGCAAAGGGAUAUCAGAGGGUCUCGGAAAACAGUCCAAAGACGACAACAAAAAGAGCUCCAGCAAUUCUCAGGAGUCUCCCCUCAGUUCUGUCCCAAGCAGUGACGUUGAGGCUGUAUCUGUUACUACAUGCAGUUUGUCAAGUUCAUACACACCCAGCCCUGUUGGUAGUCUGACCACCAGCUCGGACAUAUCUGAGGAUCUGGACCAUCAGGACAUUCAGGUGGCUUUGCAUGCUGCCAAACUCGCUGCUCACAACAAAAUUCGCUCACGUUUCCAUAGCAGUAGUGACCUCAUCCACCGUCUUUUUGUCUGCAUAUCAGGUGUGGCCGAUCAGUUGCAAACAAACUAUGCGAGUGACCUGCGGAGCAUCUUAAAGACGCUAUUUGAGGUCAUGGCAACAAAAUCAGAGCAAGGUGACAACGAGAAGCCCAAGAAAGGUCCCUGUCUGGGCAACGCAGUUUUAGAAGACUGUGCUCUCUGUCAGGAAACCAUCUCUUCAUCAGAGCUCGCUGCCAAAGCCCGAGAGGGACAAUUUGAAGACCCUCCCGAGUGGGUACCAGAUGAAGCCUGCAAUUCCUGCAUCGCUUGUAAGGCACCGUUUACCGUCAUAAGAAGGAAACAUCAUUGCAGGAGCUGUGGAAAGAUCUUCUGUUCCCGAUGCUCAUCGCACUCAGCCCCGUUGCCUAGAUACGGUCAAAUGAAGCCGGUGAGAGUUUGUACUCACUGCUACAUAUUCCACGUAACGCCUUUCUACAGUGACAGGACUGGUAUCUGACCACCGUAUACACCUGCAUACGCAUAAGCACACUAGAAGUUUCACUGAGGUUUGAUUCUUCAGUGCCCAUGAACAAACCUGAGUAUCUUUUUAAUAUCAUCAUCAUCAUCCAAAAAGUGUAAAUAUUAACACUAAAUGCUAUCACUACAAAGAUAAAAAGAGCCUCGAACAAAGCAAGAUGGACUCCGUUGCGGUCAAAAUGGAAGCACAUAAAGGAAGUUACCCCAUCGCUUUGGGAGCCAAAGUAUUUAUUUAGGGCUUUGCUUUUGAAUAAUAGCUUAAAUUAAAUUUGCUUUAAUGGAGCAUGGAACAAACAGGCUUUUCUGUUAAACAGAAGUGCAACUGUAAUGAAAGUGCAGCUUGUUAACAGGACUACGUCUUUUUGUCAGGCUCAGAUUUCCGGGUUGAAUGUAAACUGUGAGCACAUGAUUAAAUAUGAGAAAAAAAUCUAAACUGUGACAUAUAAAAAAGACAUUAAUAUAAAGACUAACUGCACCAACACUAACGCCUGUGGGGCAAAAUAUAGCACAGCUCUUUUUUUCCUCAUAAAGAUGUUUUAUUUAGGAAAUAAUGCUGCUUUCUGUAAAACAGAUGUGAGACUUUGGAUUUAGUUGAAUGGCCAAAAAAUAUAUGUGUGUGUAUAUAUGUUGAAAGUAUGAAAUGGAUUUGAUGUAUCUUCUGAUAGAAGAUUCUUUUCCUUAUGCCAAUAUGAAUGUGCAACGUUUUAACAUUUUGUUUAUAAUUUUUUUUUACUUAUACUGAACUGUAAUUGCCUUUUACAGCAGUGUGGGAGCCUUUUGCUUUUACUCUGGUACAAACAAACACUAUAAACCCCCUACCUCAUCCCUUAUGAUGACUUCCCAACUCCUUCGCCCUUACAUAUAUACAGUUCUGUCUUUAUACAAUGUGUAAACUUAUCAUCAAUCAUUCCGUACUGUUUUAAACACUAACUUUUUUCGUCUCCACGCACUUGACUUUAUUCCAUUCAAUAUAAAAAAAAUUGACCAACCACUACUUUUUGUCUGUAAUUAUAGUAAGAUAUAAAGCUGUUUGAACGGAUAAUCUGAUAAGAGAAUUGUGCUUUAGGUUUGUGUAGUGCUGUUGACACCUCAUUCUUUGCCUACAGUUUAGCUUAUAUAAGCUUAUAUUAAAACUCAUAAUUCAUAGUAAUCAUAAAGCACAUUUUUUUGCAGACAAGCUAAACUAAUAUUAAGCUGUUGCUUUUUGAAAUGCAAAGAAAAAGAGGCUGUUUACACUUGGCAUUAACAUGCGUUUUCAUCGAUCGGAUCACAAGUGGACGAGAGAGACACAUUACGUUUACACCUGGUAUUUAAAUCCGUCUCUUUUGUCCACUUUCGACCGCAUCUGUCCUGAAUACUGUGAGGGGGUGGUCUGUGAGACGGUGGGCGAGUCUCUCUGCUGUCAUUCAAACCCGAGCGGGAGUAAUUAUGAGUUUAUAUGGACGCAAACUAAUAUUAUGUCGGAGUCCACUGCUUGUUUAGCAAGUAUACAUGCUGCAUAGUGUUUUGUACGUUUAUAUGUUGGAGCUUUCUCUGAAUUUUCAGCGCAAUUGAUGAAAUAGGAUCGCGCAACUUUCACACGCUUUCAAAACGAAACUACGGAGAUCAGCCGCUUUAGUUGUAUCAAUGAAAGGCUAAAAAUAGCGCUGUUCACCGUAUGCUUACGCCAGAAGUCAAAAAAAGACGUAAAACUUGUGUUUAAUACCUCAGAUUAGAUAAAUGGGCGGAGAGAAGGCGGUCGCGUGUGGCGGUUCGAACGCAUUCAACCACAUAUGCGUUCCGCAACUCCAAAGCGAUCCGAUCGAAAGUGGUUUCGACUACCUCUGGAUGUGGUUGAAAGUGGUCGAAAGUGGACGAGCUCAAAACGUUUUGAACACCGUUUACACCUGGCAUUAACGUCGUCCACUUGUGAUCCGAUCGACGAAAACGCAUGUUAAUGCCAAGUGUAAACAGCCUCAUACAGAGACUAGCUAAUAGUAGGCACAUUUGAAAUUCACUUUAGCUUACGAAUGGUGUAGUUUCCCACAUGACUGUAAUGUGAAAUAAUCUAGUCAUAACACAAAGGCCACCUAACAUGACAAAUUUACUUUUUAUAUUUGUUGUUGUUUGAACAUAAUUGUGUGUGUACACAACCACUAUGUAAUGAUUAAAAUCUGCCCACUCUUUUUUCAUCUCCGUAAAACAAGCUGUUGGCAUUUUUUAAGCAAUCUGACAUCACUUUGCGCAGGCCCCGCCCACAGCCAGCCAAAGUCCACAGUUCGAUCAUAAUUUCCAUUUUAAUUCUUCCAUACAUCAUCUUUAUUACCACACGUUCAUUAUGCUCUUUGAAGUUAAGGUGAUGGUCUAUGUUUUUGUUAUAGAUAACAGUAAAACGGGAAGGCAAGCAGCAGCUAAUUUGCAUUUAAAGAGACCCACACAAAAACAGCACUUUUUCAUGCACACCCAAAAAUGGGCCUUUGUUUUCAACAUGGUAUAAUGAAUGAUAUAUAGGAUAUUUGGACUAAACCUUCAUAAGCACAUUCUGAACACAUGAGAGUAAUGUUACAUCUUGAAAAAUUGAGAUUAAGGUGACCUUUAAAUUCUGAGAAUUAUUAUUAAACACAUCUAAAUAGUAUUAAACACUGGUUACAAAAGUGUCAGAUCUGGUCUACACUACACUACUAAUAAAAUUAUACAUUAUGAUAUCAAAAAAUUCAAAAAAGCUUCUUUCUGAUCAAGAAUAUUAUUUUGUGUCAGUCUUUAAUGUUGACUGAGCAAGAUCAUGUGAAAUUAAUGGCUAAAAUCGAAAUGUUAUGCUUGUUUGUCAUAAUUUGAGCCUGGUUUUCACAGGCAGCGUCACAUUGCUGUUCCAUAGUGUUCCUAUUUUGGGAAUGCUGGCAUUCUGAGAUACCCACUGUUCCAGUCCACAUAUAGCCGGUGUGAAAAGGGGUGUAGAUCAAAUGUUUGUGUACACUUAUGGGGUUUAGUACGACCAGUUCUGUACUAGCAAUAUUGUACACGAGUUACAUUAUGGUUAAGGCAGCUUGAUUCUGCUGGAACCUAAUACUAGUUAAUACUUUACCUCUUUUAUUACUUUGGUAAUGUUAAUAUUUCUUGCUGUCCCCAUAUAAUACUGCUGCAUUUUCAAGAAGGUGCGUUUAAGCAAAUCGGUUUAAGCAUUGCAUCAGGAAACAAAUUCAAGUCCUCACUAAAUUCUCAUAUUUCUUUUAUUUUUCUAUAUAAUCCCCUUGGAAUUGCUGUUCAUGGCUAAAAUUAUGUUGUUUAGGUGUAUCACUUUGAUAUAAUCUAGCAUCACUUUUUCUUAACAAUAGGUCAACUCCAUUAUAAGUGAGCCUAGCAGAUUGUCUCCAGAUGUUGUGACCCUUAACAGCUAUAAGGCGUCCUUAACCUUUAAGAUAACUUGACAAGAAAAAUUUAAAAGUACUUGUCAAAAGCUUUGCCUUUUUACUGCAUAUAUUAACUUGGUUAGCUGAAUAGCUUAUUGUACCUUCAAUUUUGAAAUCGAUGGUUAGAUCUGACACUGGUUCAGUUGGCAGUCACACACUACUACUAAACAAUACAGUGCAUACUUCAGUUGUUUAGAGAUAUAUAUUGUUUGUUUGUUUGUUUGUUUGUUGUUUUGUGUUUUCUGUUUUGAUGAUAUCAGUAUUCCUCAGACAUGCUUGUACAUUGGCAUGAUACUGAGGAACUGAUUUUUACAGCUACUCUUGGAAUGUAUUUUGAUUUGAAAUGAGAUUGUGUGAAACAAGGAUUCAGUCAAAAGUUCAUGGCUUCCUCUGAUGGCAGGUUCAGUGUCUGAAGACUUCCAGCCUGUCACAUGAUAAGAGCUUACUUUCUAAUUUAAUCCUCUUCCAGUCUUCAUUAAUGUCUCUCUUUGCUUUUUGCCUUUUUUGUAUUAAUUAAAAAAAGAUGAGUCUUUAAAAUUAUACAGAUGUUUUAUUUUACAGAGCAAAAAUGAUAAAAUUAUAUAUGUAUAAUAUUACUUUUUCUGUAUAAAGAGAAAAAUCACAAUGAGAGAAUUUACACUAUUUAUUCAAAGCUUGUUUUUAUUUUAUAAUGGCCGGUUCAGUCUAAGAUGUAAAAAAUACUUUUCAAAGUCUACCAAGUAUUUAUGUCAUGCAAUGAAAGUAAUAAAUGACCUUUUUCUUUACAUAACUGGAGCUGACUUGUAAUUUCCUUUUUGAUUUUCAUUGUGUGAACAACACAAUAAAUCUAAGAAUGGGGCAGUGGAUUUUGAGCGGUUUCCUAUACAGGGCUAGUCCCAGACUAAAAUGUAUGUUUGAGCUCGCUUAAUUUAAGAAAAUCUUUUACUGACAUAUCUUAACAUUUAUCAUUGUUUUGUCUCAAGAUGCAUAUUAUCAGUAUUAUUUUUGUAAGGUAUGUUUGUAAAAACGACUUAAAUGUCUUAAGGCGUAGUUUUGGAUUAGUAUAACCCUGUCCGGGAAACUCCCUGCAUAACAUUUACAUUUAGCAGACGCUUUUAUCCUAAGCAGGGCUCUGGACUGCCACUAAAUGGUGGCAUUUUGCCACCAAAAUUUGAGUGUGUGCCACUGAAUUUUACAUCCAGUCGCACAUGUGCGACCAGUAAUUUUGAACUUCAUUUUUGUGAUGUGACACUGAAUUUGAAACGGCACAUUGUACUUUCUGCAUCUAUCAUCAAAGUAUUUAUUAGUUAUACAGUGUAUUACUUAGUAGAAAUGUGAAUAUUUGGUUAGCAUGUUGGUUUACGUUAUGUGCCCCUAAAUUUUCUGGUUGCGCCCCUAAAAUUUUCAGUUGGGGGCCACUGUGCUCCUAGUGAAAAAAGUUAGUCUGGAGACCUGCUAAGCAACUUACAAAGAUUAGGAAAACAAUAAAAGUGAUGUCACAGGGAAGCAAUAGGACAAAAGGUGCUGAUUAUAACAAGAUACAAGUUUUCACUAUUCCGAAACCAUACCUGUUGAGAGAAAAAGAAAGCGUUCAUUUUUUUUCGCAUAAGUUUUUAGGGACCACACAUUAAACUUUUAAGGUGUUUUUAGACCUUUUGUGUAACCAGCAAAGAUAAAAAGUAUUUUUCAUUUUAUAGUCGGAGUCUUGGAAACUACAUACAGAAAUAAUUGACUCUAAUUAGCUAAAGUGACUAUAAGUACCACCUGUCCAGGGUGUUUCCCUGUCUCGACCAGAGAUAGCUAUAUGCUCCAGCACCACCUGUGACUCCAAUAUGGAUAAAUGAUAUAGAUGAUACUGGGAAAUCCUUAACAAAAUCUUUAAUGCAUUUAUCUGUGCAUUAUAUCCUGAUACUUUAAUGAAAUUGCUAAACAUUCUUUGCCAGAAACCUGCAUUUUA